AUGGAAUCAACAACACCACCGAGUCCCGCGUUAGACGAGGACAAGUACCGAACAGAGGUGCUCCAGAUUGCGUCACAGGAAGCGGAACAAGCGCGGGCGCAACAGCUUUCCGAUGAGGCACAGCAGCUUGGUCUGAAGGUCCUGGAGAUCGAUGCGGCGCCGUUGGCCGCCUCGAUCGCCUCUGGAAUGGUCGAUCUUUCGUCGCCCGCCUUGUCAUCCGGAUCCUCUACUGAUCGAAAUUCCGCCUGCGAUGGCUCUGUUACUCCUUCUCUCUCCGUUGAACCGUCAUCACCGUCACUGUCGCCAUCCCCGCUGGACCAAGUCACUACGUCGUUAUCGCAACUUACAUUUUCAUCGGAGCGAGUGAAACCGAGCAGUACGCGAUCGCUAGCGUCGUUAUCGACCCGUCCGACGUCAUUUUGUUCCAGCGAAAGCCGUACGAUCAACGCGGGGCUAGGACUUCAAGAUGGACUUACGGUUAAGGGAAAUCGGAGUUCCAUGUUCGUGGUGACACCAGGUGAAAAGAAGGUAAAAGAGAAGGAGAGACGGCGGAGCAGCUUGAAGUCUGCUAUUGGGCGCAUUCAUUUCCGUAGGAAGCGGGCCCCGUCUGUUACGACGUCACCGCCAAAUGCACAGGUCACGAUAUCUAAAGGCGACGAGGGCGUGGAACGUGUCUUGCUUGAAGGACCUCGCAACCCACCCACCAGCAAUGCGGUCUCAAUCAACAGCACCAGCACUUCAGAGUCAAUUCCAAAGGUGGAAGUGAAGGUCCCAACAUUCGACGAAGCAUCCCUUCAAAGAAGUCUGAAUGACCCCGAACUUAGCGAGAUGAUGGAACGACAGAAGAUGGAAAAGAGUCGACACAUGGCAUUCCAAGAUGCCGCCCUCGAGAUCCUCCGGCGCCGGCACCAAAGUGCCGUUUCAGAAGCACAGUCCGAGAACCAGCGCCGGGAGGAUGAGAAACGUGAGAAGAACGAGAUCGACGCCAUCCGCAUAGAAGAACGCCAAUGCGCCGUAGAAAUGGAACAGCAAAGAGAAUUUGAGCGCGCAAAACAAAACUCUCGCACGCGCAUCAAGCACAUGGAAGGAUAUUUUCGAAACGCAAGCCCCCCGCCAUCACCAGCCACAGCAGACCGCUCAUCCGAAUCCUUCAUGUCCGGAUCUGAAGGCACGCCCCCUACACGCCGUGUGACGCGACAACAACUCGAACAGCUGGAGCAGCAAUAUCACGCUCAUGAAUCCAUGGAUGCGCUCCAAGAGUCCCGGAUCAAGGUCCUUCGAGAACGUCAGGAGAAAAGACUUGCAGAAGCUAUCGCGCGGAUGGAAGGCGAACUAGAUGCUUUGUGUGACCAACACAGCAAACAAAUUGCUGCCCUUCAGGCAGAACACCGCCGUGAAGAGAGUUCCCUCAUUGAUGGGCUUCAAGUGAAGAAGACGGAGUUGCGGCAGAGAUGGAAUUUGGAAGAAUCCAUUUUGCGGAAGCGGUUGGAAGAGAAACAUGGUCAGGUCUAUGGACCUUUGCCGCCUAUCUCGUUUUGCAUUGAACACGAAUCUGAUGCCGAGAAUCGCAUUUAA